AUGCAGCCACCACGUCGAGCCGUGUGGUCGUCGACGCGAAAGAGGGGGUGGAAGCAGAGGGUGGAGAGAGGAGCAGGUGGUCGACGUUUUGAGCCGGCUCAAAACAAGAAACAGAGAGCGACCGGACCUAGUGCAGCCUCCACGUCGAGCCGUGUGGUCGUCGACGCGGUAGAGAGGGUGGAAGCAGAGAGUAAAAGGGUGGAGAGAGGAGCAGGGGGUCGACGUGUUGAGUCGGCCCAAAACAAGACGGAGAGUGCGACCGAACCUAGUGCAGCCAUCACGUCGAGCCGUGUGGUCGUGGACGUGGUCGUGGACGUGGUCGUGGACGUGGUCGUGAACGUGGACGUGGUCGUGGACGUGGACGCGGACGUGGACGCGGACGUGGACGUGGUCGCCGACGUGGUCGUGGACGUGGUCGUGGACGCGGACGUGGACGCGGACGCGGUCGUGGUCGUGGACGCGGUCGUGGUCGUGGACGCGGUCGUGGUCGUGGACGCGGUCGUGGUCGUGGACGUGGACGAGGUCGUGGACGUGGUCGUGGACGGGGACGUGGUCGUGGUCGUGGACGUGGACGUGGACGUGGACGUGGACGUCGACGCGGACGUCGACGUGGACGUGGACGUGGACGUGGACGUCGACGCGGACGUGGUCAUGGUCGUGGACGUGGUCGUGGACGCGGACGUGGACGUGGACGCGGACGUGGACGUCGACGUGGACGUGGUCGUGGACGUGGUCUUGGAGGUGGACGUGGACGUGGACGUGGUCGUGGUCGUGGUCGUGGUCGUGGUCGUGGACGUGGACGUGGACGUGGUCUUGGAGGUGGACGUGGUCGUGGUCGUGGACGUGGACGUGGAGGUGGUCGUGGUCGUGGAGGUGGACGUGGACGUGGACGUGGACGUGGACGUGGUCGUGGACGUGGUGGUGGACGUGGACGUGGACGUGGUCGUGGACGUGGUCGUGGUCGUGGACGUGGACGUGGACGUGGUCGUGGACGUGGUCGUGGACGUGGACGUUGACGUGGACGUGGUCGUGGACGUGGUCGUGGACGCGGUCGUGGUCGUGGACGUGGACGAGGUCGUGGACGUGGUCGUGGACGUGGACGUGGUCGUGGUCGUGGACGUGGACGCGGACGUGGUCGUGGUCGUGGACGUGGACGCGGACGUCGACGUCGACGUGGACGUGGACGUGGACGUCGACGUGGACGUGGUCGUGGUCGUGGACGUGGUCGUGGACGCGGACGUGGACGUGGACGCGGACGUGGACGUCGACGUGGACGUGGUCGUGGACGUGGUCUUGGAGGUGGACGUGGACGUGGACGUGGUCGUGGUCGUGGUCGUGGUCGUGGACGUGGACGUGGACGUGGUCUUGGAGGUGGACGUGGUCGUGGUCGUGGACGUGGACGUGGAGGUGGUCGUGGUCGUGGAGGUGGACGUGGACGUGGACGUGGACGUGGACGUGGUCGUGGACGUGGUGGUGGACGUGGACGUGGACGUGGUCGUGGACGUGGUCGUGGUCGUGGACGUGGACGUGGACGUGGUCGUGGACGUGGUCGUGGACGUGGACGUUGACGUGGACGUGGUCGUGGACGUGGUCGUGGACGUGGUCGUGGUCGUGGACGUGGUCGUGGUCGUGGACGUGGUCGUGGUCGUGGACGUGGUCGUGGACGUGGUCGUGGACGUGGACCUGGUUGUGGUCGUGGACGUGGUCGUGGUCGUGGACGUGGACGUGGACGUGGUCGUGGUCGUGGACGUGGUCGUGGUCGUGGUCGUGGACGUGGUCGUGGACGUGGACGUGGUCGUGGACGUGGACGUGGACGUGGACGUGGACUUGGUCGUGGACGUGGUCGUGGUCGUGGACGUGGUCGUGGUCGUGGACGUGGACGUGGACGUGGACGUGGUCGUGGACGUGGUCGUGGUCGUGGACGUGGACGUGGUCGUGGACGUGGACGUGGUCGUGGACGUGGACGUGGACGUGGACGUGGACGUCGACGUGGACGUGGACGUCGACGUGGUCGUGGUCGUGGACGCGGACGUGGACGUGGUCGUGGACGUGGUCGUGGACGUGGACGUGGUCGUGGACGUGGACGUGGUCGUGGACGUGGACGUGGGCGUGGACGUGGACGUGGACGUCGUCGUGGUCGUGGACGUGGACGUGGGCGUGGACGUGGACGCGGACGUGGCCGUGGACGUGGUCGUGGACGUGGACGUGGACGUGGACGUGGACGUCGACAUGGACCUGGACGUGGUCGUGGUCGUGGUCGUGGACGUGGUCGUGGUCGUGGUCGUGGACGUGGACGUGGACGUGGACGUGGUCGUGGACGUCGACGUGGUCGUGGUCGUGGACGUGGACGUGGUCGUGGAGGUGGACGUGGACGUGGUCGUGGAGGUGGACGUGGUCGCGGACGUGGACGUGGUCUUGGUCGUGGACGUGGACGUGGACGUGGUCGUGGUCGUGGACGUGGACGUGGACGUGGUCGUGGACGUCGACGUGGUCGUGUUCGUGGACGUGGACGUGGUCAUGGAGGUGGACGUGGACGUGGUCGUGGAGGUGGACGUGGUCGUGGACGUGGACGUGGACGUGGACGUUGACGUGGUCGUGGACGUGGACGUGGUCGUGGACGUCGACGUGGUCGUGUUCGUGGACGUGGACGUGGUCGUGGAGGUGGACGUGGACGUGGUCGUGGAGGUGGACGUGGUCGUGGACGUGGACGUGGUCUUGGUCGUGGACGUGGACGUGGACGUGGACGUGGUCGUGGACGUGGACGUGGUCGUGGUCGUGGACGUGGACGUGGACGUGGACGUGGACAUCGACGUGGACGUGGACGUCGACGUCGACGUGGACGUGGUCGUGGACGUGGUCGUGGACGUGGACGUGGUCGUGGACGUGGACCUGGACGUGGUCGUGGACGUGGACGUGGACGUGGUCGUGGACGUGGACGUGGACGUGGACGUGGAAGUGGUCGUGGACGUGGACGUGGACGUGGACGUGGUCGUGGACGUGGUCGUGGUCGUGGACGUGGACGUGGUCGUGGUCGUGGACGUGGACGUGGACGUGGUCGUGGACGUGGACGUGGACGUGGAGGUGGACGUGGUCGUGGACGUGGACGUGGACGUCGACGUGGACGUGGACGUGGACGUGGACGUGGACGUCGACGUGGACGUGGACGUGGUCGUGGUCGUGGUCGUGGACGUGGACGUGGUCGUGGUCGUGGACGUCGACGUCGACGUGGACGUGGGCGUGGUCGUGGUCGUGGUCGUGGACGUGGACGUGGACGUGGUCGUGGACGUGGUCGUCGACGUGGACGUGGUCGUGGACGUCGACGUGGUCGUGGACGUGGACGUGGGCGUGGACGUGGACGUGGACGUGGGCGUGGACGUGGACGUGGACGUGGGCGUGGACGUGGUCGUGGACGUGGUCGUGGACGUGGACGUGGACGUGGACGUGGUCGUGGACGAGGACGUGGACGUCGACGUGGACGUGGACGUGGUCGUGGUCGUGGACGUGGACGUGGUCGUGGACGUGGACGUCGACGUGGACGUGGACGUGGACGUCGUCGUGGACGUGGACGUCGACGUGGACGUGGUCAUGGACGUGGACGUCGACGUGGACGUGGACGUGGACGUGGACGUGGACGUGGUCGUGGUCGCGGUCGUGGACGUGGACGCGGUCGUGGACGUCGUGGACGUGGACGUGGUCGUGGUCGUGGACGUGGUCGUGGACGUGGACGUGGUGGUGGACGUGGACGUGGGCGUGGACGUGGACGUGGACGUGGUCGUGGACGUGGACGUGGACGUGGACGUGGUCGUGGGCGUGGACGUGGACGUGGACGUGGACGUGGACGUGGACGUGGGCGUGGACGUGGACGUGGACGUGGACGUGGUCGUGGACGUGGACGUGGACGUGGACGUGGUCGUGGGCGUGGACGUGGACGUGGACGUGGACGUGGACGUGGACGUGGACGUGGAAGUGGUCGUGGACGUGGACGUGGUCGUGGACGUGGUCGUGGUCGUGGACGUGGACGUGGUCGUGGACGUGGACGUGGACGUGGACGUGGUCGUGGACGUGGUCGUCGACGUCGACGUGGACGUGGACGUGGUCGUGGUCGUGGUCGUGGACGUGGACGUGGUCGUGGACGUCGACGUGGACGUGGACGUGGACGUGGACGUGGUCGUGGACGUGGACGUCGACGUGGACGUGGACGUGGUCGUGGACGUGGACGUGGACGUCGACGUGGACGUGGACUUGGUCGUGGUCGUGGACGUGGACGUGGACGUGGUCGUGGUCGUGGAGGUGGAGGUGGACGUGGACGUGGACGUGGACGUGGACGUGGUCGUGGACGUGCUCGUGGACGUGGUCGUGGACGUGGUCGUGGACGUGGUUGUGGACGUGGACUUGGACGUGGUCGUGGACGUGGACGUGGACGUGGUCGUGGACGUGGACGUGGUCGUGGUUGUGGUCGUGGACGUGGUCGUGGACGUGGUCGUGGACGUGGUCGUGGACGUGGUCGUGGACGUGGUCGUGGUCGUGGACGUGGUCGUGGUCGUGGACGUGGACGUGGUCGUGGACGUGGUCGUGGUCGUGGACGUGGUCGUGGACGUCGUCGUGGACGUGGUCGUGGACGUGGACGUGGUCGUGAUCGUGGACGUGGACGUGGACGUGGUCGUGGACGUGGACCUGGUCGUGGUCGUGGACAUGGUCGUGGUCGUGGACGUGGACGUGGACGUGGUCGUGGUCGUCGACGUGGACGUGGUCGUGGACGUGGACGUGGUCGUGGUCGUGGACCUGGUCGUGGUCGUGGACGUGGUCGUGGUCGUGGACGUGGACGUGGUCGUGGUCGUCGACGUGUACGUGGUAGUGGACGUGGACGUGGUCGUGGACGUGGUCGUGGACGUCGUCGUGGACGUGGUCGUGGACGUGGACGUGGUCGUGAUCGUGGACGUGGACGUGGACGUCGACGUGGACGUGGACGUGGACGUGGUCGUGGACGUGGACCUGGUCGUGGUCGUGGACGUGGUCGUGGUCGUGGACGUGGACGUGGACGUGGUCGUGGUCGUCGACGUGGACGUGGUCGUGGUCGUGGACCUGGUCGUGGUCGUGGACGUGGUCGUGGUCGUGGACGUGGACGUGGUCGUGGUCGUCGACGUGUACGUGGUCGUGGACGUGGACGUGGUCGUGGACGUCGUCGUGGACGUGGUCGUGGACGUGGACGUGGUCGUGAUCGUGGACGUGGACGUGGACGUCGACGUGGACGUGGACGUGGUCGUGGACGUGGACGUGGACGUGGACGUGGACGUGGAGGUGGUCGUGGACGUGGACGUGGUCGUGGUCGUGGAGGUGGACGUGGACGUGGACGUGGUCGUGGUCGUGGACGUGGUCGUGGUCGUGGACGUGGACGUGGACGUGGACGUGGUCGUGGACGUGGACGUGGACGUGGUCGUGGACGUGGUCGUGGACGUGGACGUGGUCGUGGACGUGGUCGUGGUCGUGGACGUGGUCGUGGACGUCGUCGUGGACGUGGUCGUGGACGUGGACGUGGACGUGGUCGUGAUCGUGGACGUGGUCGUGAUCGUGGACGUGGUCGUGGUCGUGAUCGUGGACGUGGACGUGGUCGUGAUCGUGGACGUGGACGUGGACGACGUGGACGUGGUCGUGGACGCGGACAUGGUCGUGGUCGUGGACGCGGACGUGGACGUGGUCGUGGACGUGGACGUCGACGUGGACGUGGUCGUGGUCGUGGACGUGGUCGUGGACGCGGACGUGGACGUGGACGCGGACGUGGACGUCGACGUGGACGUGGUCGUGGACGUGGUCGUGGACGUGGACGUGGACGUGGACGUGGACGUGGUCGUGGUCGUGGUCGUGGUCGUGGUCGUGGACGUGGACGUGGACGUGGUCUUGGAGGUGGACGUGGUCGUGGUCGUGGACGUGGACGUGGACGUGGUCGUGGUCGUGGAGGUGGACGUGGACGUGGACGUGGACGUGGUCGUGGACGUGGUGGUGGACGUGGACGUGGACGUGGACGUGGACGUGGUCGUGGACGUGGUCGUGGUCGUGGACGUGGACGUGGACGUGGUCGUGGACGUGGUCGUGGACGUGGACGUUGACGUGGACGUGGUCGUGGACGUGGUCGUGGACGUGGUCGUGGACGUGGACGUGGUCGUGGUCGUGGUCGUGGUCGUGGACGUGGUCGUGGACGUGGUCGUGGACGUGGACCUGGUUGUGGUCGUGGACGUGGUCGUGGUCGUGGACGUGGACGUGGUCGUGGUCGUGGACGUGGUCGUGGUCGUGGUCGUGGACGUGGUCGUGGACGUGGACGUGGUCGUGGUCGUGGACGUGGACGUGGACGUGGACGUGGACUUGGUCGUGGACGUGGUCGUGGUCGUGGACGUGGUCGUGGUCGUGGACGUGGACGUGGACGUGGUCGUGGACGUGGUCGUGGUCGUGGACGUGGACGUGGACGUGGUCGUGGACGUGGACGUGGUCGUGGACGUGGACGUCGACGUGGACGUGGACGUCGAUGUGGACGUGGACGUCGACGUGGACGUGGACGUGGACGUGGACGUGGUCGUGGACGUGGACGUGGUCCUGGUCGUGGACGUCGACGUCGACGUGGACGUGGUCGUGGUCGUGGUCGUGGACGCGGACGUGGACGUGGUCGUGGACGUGGUCGUGGACGUGGACGUGGUCGUGGACGUGGACGUGGUCGUGGACGUGGACGUGGGCGUGGACGUGGACGUGGACGUCGUCGUGGUCGUGGACGUGGACGUGGGCGUGGACGUGGACGUGGACGUGGCCGUGGACGUGGUCGUGGACGUGGACGUGGACGUGGACGUGGACGUCGACAUGGACCUGGACGUGGUCGUGGUCGUGGUCGUGGACGUGGACGUGGUCGUGGUCGUGGUCAUGGACGAGGACGUGGACGUGGACGUGGUCGUGGACGUCGACGUGGUCGUGGUCGUGGACGUGGACGUGGUCGUGGAGGUGGACGUGGACGUGGUCGUGGAGGUGGACGUGGUCGCGGACGUGGACGUGGUCUUGGUCGUGGACGUGGACGUGGACGUGGUCGUGGUCGUGGACGUGGACGUGGUCGUGGUCGUGGACGUGGACGUGGACGUGGUCGUGGACGUGGACGUGGUCGUGUUCGUGGACGUGGACGUGGUCAUGGAGGUGGACGUGGACGUGGUCGUGGAGGUGGACGUGGUCGUGGACGUGGACGUGGACGUGGACGUUGACGUGGUCGUGGACGUGGACGUGGUCGUGGACGUCGACGUGGUCGUGUUCGUGGACGUGGACGUGGUCGUGGAGGUGGACGUGGACGUGGUCGUGGAGGUGGACGUGGUCGUGGACGUGGACGUGGUCUUGGUCGUGGACGUGGACGUGGACGUGGACGUGGUCGUGGACGUGGACGUGGUCGUGGUCGUGGUCGUGGACGUGGACGUGGACGUGGACGUGGACAUCGACGUGGACGUGGACGUGGACGUCGACGUCGACGUGGACGUGGUCGUGGACGUGGUCGUGGACGUGGACGUGGUCGUGGACGUGGACCUGGACGUGGUCGUGGACGUGGACGUGGACGUGGUCGUGGACGUGGACGUGGACGUGGACGUGGACGUGGAAGUGGUCGUGGACGUGGACGUGGACGUGGACGUGGUCGUGGACGUGGUCGUGGUCGUGGACGUGGACGUGGUCGUGGUCGUGGACGUGGACGUGGACGUGGUCGUGGACGUGGACGUGGACGUGGACGUGGUCGUGGACGUGGACGUGGACGUCGACGUGGACGUGGACGUGGACGUGGACGUCGACGUCGACGUGGACGUGGACGUGGUCGUGGUCGUGGACGUGGACGUGGUCGUGGUCGUGGACGUCGACGUCGACGUGGACGUGGGCGUGGUCGUGGUCGUGGUCGUGGACGUGGACGUGGACGUGGUCGUGGACGUGGUCGUCGACGUGGACGUGGUCGUGGACGUGGACGUGGGCGUGGUCGUGGACGUGGACGUGGGCGUGGACGUGGACGUGGACGUGGGCGUGGACGUGGACGUGGACGUGGGCGUGGACGUGGACGUGGACGUGGGCGUGGACGUGGUCGUGGACGUGGUCGUGGACGUGGACGUGGACGUGGUCGUGGACGUGGACGUGGACGUGGACGUCGACGUGGACGUGGACGUGGUCGUGGUCGUGGUCGUGGACGUGGACGUGGUCGUGGACGUGGACGUCGACGUGGACGUGGACGUGGACGUGGUCGUGGACGUGGACGUGGACGUGGACGUGGUCGUGGACGUGGACGUCGACGUGGACGUGGACGUGGACGUGGACGUGGACGUGGUCGUGGUCGUGGUCGUGGACGUGGACGUGGUCGUGGUCGUGGUCGUGGACGUCGACGUCGACGUGGACGUGGACGUGGUCGUGGAUGUGGACGUGGACGUGGUCGUGGACGUGGACGUGGACGUGGACGAGGUCGUGGACGUGGACGUGGUCGUGGACGUGGACGUGGUCGUGGUCGUGGACCUGGUCGUGGUCGUGGACGUGGUCGUGGUCGUGGACGUGGACGUGGUCGUGGUCGUCGACGUGUACGUGGUCGUGGACGUGGACGUGGUCGUGGACGUCGUCGUGGACGUGGUCGUGGACGUGGACGUGGUCGUGAUCGUGGACGUGGACGUGGACGUCGACGUGGACGUGGACGUGGUCGUGGACGUGGACGUGGACGUGGACGUGGAGGUGGUCGUGGACGUGGACGUGGUCGUGGUCGUGGAGGUGGACGUGGACGUGGACGUGGUCGUGGUCGUGGACGUGGUCGUGGUCGUGGACGUGGACGUGGACGUGGACGUGGUCGUGGACGUGGACGUGGACGUGGUCGUGGACGUGGUCGUGGACGUGGACGUGGUCGUGGACGUGGUCGUGGUCGUGGACGUGGUCGUGGACGUCGUCGUGGACGUGGUCGUGGACGUGGACGUGGACGUGGUCGUGAUCGUGGACGUGGACGUGGUCGUGAUCGUGGACGUGGACGUGGACGACGUGGACGUGGUCGUGGACGCGGACCUGGUCGUGGUCGUGGACGCGGACGUGGACGUGGUCGUGGACGUGGACGUGGACGUCGACGUGGACGUGGUCGUGGUCGUGGACGUGGUCGUGGACGCGGACGUGGACGUGGACGCGGACGUGGACGUCGACGUGGACGUGGUCGUGGACGUGGUCGUGGACGUGGACGUGGACGUGGACGUGGACGUGGUCGUGGUCGUGGUCGUGGUCGUGGUCGUGGACGUGGACGUGGACGUGGUCUUGGAGGUGGACGUGGUCGUGGUCGUGGACGUGGACGUGGACGUGGUCGUGGUCGUGGAGGUGGACUUGGACGUGGACGUGGACGUGGACGUGGUCGUGGACGUGUUGGUGGACGUGGACGUGGACGUGGACGUGGACGUGGACGUGGUCGUGGACGUGGUCGUGGUCGUGGACGUGGACGUGGACGUGGUCGUGGACGUGGUCGUGGACGUGGACGUUGACGUGGACGUGGUCGUGGACGUGGUCGUGGUCGUGGACGUGGUCGUGGUCGUGGACGUGGUCGUGGUCGUGGACGUGGUCGUGGACGUGGUCGUGGACGUGGACCUGGUUGUGGUCGUGGACGUGGUCGUGGUCGUGGACGUGGACGUGGACGUGGUCGUGGUCGUGGUCGUGGACGUCGACGUGGUCGUGGGCGUGGACGUGGACGUGGACGUCGACGUGGUCGUGGACGUGGACGUGGGCGUGGACGUGGACGUGGACGUGGGCGUGGACGUGGUCGUGGACGUGGUCGUGGACGUGGACGUGGACGUGGACGUGGUCGUGGACGUGGACGUGGACGUCGACGUCGACGUGGACGUGGACGUGGACGUGGACGUGGACGUGGACGUGGACGUGGUCGUGGACGUGGACGUGGACGUGGUCGUGGACGUGGACGUGGACGUGGACAUGGACGUGGACGUGGACGUGGACGUGGACGUCGACGUGGACGUCGACGUCGACGUCGACGUGGACGUCGACGUGGUCGUGGACGUCGACGUGGUUGUGGACGUGGACGUCGACGUGGUUGUGGACGUGGACGUGGGCGUCGACGUGGACGUGGACGUGGGCGUCGACGUGGACGUGGACGUGGACGUGGACGUGGUCGUGGACGUGGACGUGGACGUGGACGUGGACGUGGACGUGGGCGUGGACGUGGACGUGGGCGUGGACGUGGACGUGGACGUGGACGUGGGCGUGGACGUGGACGUGGACGUGGGCGUGGACGUGGACGUGGACGUGGGCGUGGACGUGGACGUGGGCGUGGACGUGGACGUGGACGUGGACGUGGACGUGGUCGUGGACGUGGACGUGGACGUGGACGUGGUCGUGGGCGUGGACGUGGACGUGGACGUGGACGUGGACGUGGACGUGGACGUGGACGUGGAAGUGGUCGUGGACGUGGACGUGGACGUGGACGUGGACGUGGUCGUGGACGUGGUCGUGGUCGUGGACGUGGACGUGGUCGUGGACGUGGACGUGGACGUGGACGUGGUCGUGGACGUGGUCGUCGACGUCGACGUGGACGUGGACGUGGUCGUGGUCGUGGUCGUGGACGUGGUCGUGGACGUGGACGUCGACGUGGACGUGGACGUGGACGUGGACGUGGACGUGGUCGUGGACGUGGACGUCGAUGUGGACGUGGACGUGGUCGUGGACGUGGUCGUGGACGUGGACGUGGUCGUGGUCGUGGACGUGGACGUGGACGUGGACGUCGACGUCGACGUCGACGUGGACCUGGACGUGGACGUGGUCGUGGACGUGGUCGUGGACGUGGACGUGGACGUGGUUGUGGUCGUGGACGUGGUCGUGGACGUGGUCGUGGACGUGGACGUGGUCGUGGACGUGGACGUGGUCGUGGACGUGGACGUGGACGUGGACUUGGACGUGGACCUGGUCGUGGUCGUGGACGUGGUCGUGGACGUGGACGUGGACGUGGUCGUGGUCGUGGACGUGGUCGUGGUCGUGGUCGUGGACGUGGACGUGGACGUGGACUUGGUCGUGGUCGUGGACGUGGUCGUGGUCGUGGUCGUGGACGUGGACGUGGACGUGGUCGUGGACGUGGACGUGGACGUGGUCGUGGACGUGGACGUGGACGUGGACGUUGUCGUGGACGUGGUCGUGGACGUGGACGUGGUCGUGGACGUGGUCGUGGACGUGGACGUGGACGUGGACGUGGACGUGGACGUGGUCGUGGACGUGGACGUGGACGUGGACGUGGUCGUGGACGUGGACGUGGACGUGGUCGUGGACGUGGACGUGGUCGUGGACGUGGUCGUGGUCGUGGACGUGGACGUGGACGUGGUCGUGGACGUGGUCGUGGUCGUGGUCGUGGUCGUGGACGUGGACGUGGUCGUGGACGUGGACGUGGACGUGGACGUGGACGUGGACGUGGACGUCGACGUCGACGUGGACGUGGACGUCGACGUGGUCGUGGACGUGGUCGUGGACGUGGACGUGGUCGUGGAGGUGGACGUGGACUUGGACGAGGACCUGGUCGUGGUCGUGGUCGUGGACGUGGACGUGGACGUGGUCGUGGACGUGGACGUGGACGUGGACGUGGACGUGGUCGUGGACGUGGACGUGGACGUGGACGUCGACGUGGACGUGGACGUGGUCGUGGUCGUGGACGUCGACGUGGUCGUGGUCGUGGACGUGGACGUGGUCGUGGAGGUGGACGUGGACUUGGUCGUGGAGGUGGACGUGGACGUGGUCGUGGUCGUGGACGUGGUCGUUGACGUGGACGUGGACGUGGUCGUGGACGUGGACGUGGUCGUGGACGUGGACGUCGACGUCGACGUGGACCUGGAUGUGGACGUGGACGUGGACGUGGUCGUGGACGUGGACGUGGUCGUGGACGUGGACGUGGUCGUGGACGUGGUCAUGGUCGUGGUCGUGGACGUGGACGUGGUCGUGGAGGUGGACGUGGACUUGGUCGUGGACGUGGACGUGGUCGUGGUCGUGGACGUGGACGUGGUCGUGGAUGUGGACGUGGACGUGGACGUGGUCGUGGACGUGAACGUGGACGUGGACGUGGACGUGGACGUGGACGUGGUCGUGGACGUGGACGUGGACGUGGACGUGGACGUGGACGUGGACGUGGACGUGGACGUGGACGUGGACGUGGACGUGGACGUGGACGUGGUCGUGGACGUGGACGUCGACGUGGUCGUGGACGUGGACCUGGACGUGGUCGUGGACGUGGACGUGGACAUCGACGUGGACCUGGACGUGGACGUGGACGUGGACGUUGACGUGGACGUGGUCGUGGACGUGGUCGUGGACGUGGACGUGGACGUGGUCGUGGUCGUGGACGUGGUCGUGGACGUGGUCAUGGACGUGGACGUGGUCGUGGACGUGGACGUGGUCGUGGACGUGGACGUGGACGUGGACUUGGACGUGGACCUGGUCGUGGUCGUGGACGUGGUCGUGGUCGUGGUCGUGGACGUGGUCGUGGACGUGGACGUGGACGUGGUCGUGGACGUGGACGUGGUCGUGGACGUGGACGUGGACGUGGACGUGGUCGUGGACGUGGACGUGGACGUGGACGUGGACGUCGACGUGGUCGUGGACGUGGUCGUGGACGUGGACGUGGACGUGGUCGUGGUCGUGGACGUGGACGUGGACGUGGACGUGGUCGUGGACGUGGUCGUGGACGUGAUCGUGGACGUGGACGUGGACGUGGACGUGGACGUGGACGUGGUCGUGGACGUGGACGUGGACGUCGACGUCGUCGUGGACGUGGUCGUGGACGUGGUCGUGGUCGUGGACGUGGACGUGAUCGUGGUCGUGGACGUGGACGUAGACGUGGUCGUGGACGUGGUCGUGGACGUGAUCGUGGACGUGGACGUGGACGUGGACGUGGUCGUGGACGUGGACGUGGACGUGGACGUGGUCGUGGACGUGGUCGUGGUCGUGGACGUGGACGUGAUCGUGGUCGUGGACGUGGACGUGGUCGUGGACGUGGUCGUGGACCUGGUCAUGGUCGUGGUCGUGGACGUGGACGUGGACGUGGUCGUGGACGUGGACGUGGACGUGGACGUGGACGUGGUCGUGGACGUGGACGUGGUCGUGGACGUGGACGUGGACGUGGACGUGGACGUGGUCGUGGUCGUGGACGUGGUCGUGGUCGUGGACGUGGACGUGGUCGUGGACGUGGACGUGGACUUGGUCGUGGAGGUGGACGUGGACUUGGUCGUGGACGUGGACGUGGACGUGGUCGUGGACGUGGACGUGGACGCGGUCGUGGACGUGGACGUGGAAGCGGACGUGGUCGUGGACGUGGAAGCGGACGUGGUCGUGGCCGUGGACGUGGUCGUGGUUGUGGCCGUGGACGUGGUCGUGGACGUGGUCGUGGACGUGGACGUGGUCCUGGGACGUGGACUUGGACGUGGUCGUGGACGUGGACGUGGUCGUGGACGUGGACUUGGACGUGGUCGUGGACGUGGUCGUGGACGUGGUCGUGGACGUGGUCGUGGAUGUGGUCGUGGACGUCGACGUGGACGUCGACGUGGACGUGGUCGUGGACGUGGACGUGGUCGUGGACGUGGACGUGGUCGUGGUUGUGGACGUGGACGUGGUCGUAUUCGUGGUCGUGGACGUGGACGUGUUCGUGGACGUGGUCGUGGUCGUGGACGUGGUCUUGGACGUGGUCGUGGACGUGGACGUCGACGUGGUCGUGGACGUGGACGUGGACGUGGUCGUGGACGUGGACGUGGACGUUGA